AUGUCUACUCCUGUGGUUUCCCAAAGACCGCGAGGCUCCUCCCACUCCGCCCAGCGACCCGUCAGAUCGACACCCAUGACGAAGCCAAGUACAACCCUUCCCAAAACCAACCCGCCGCCCCUCGUGCCCCGCAUGAACGGUAUCGCAAAAACACCGAGCCAUGUCGUGCAAAGCAGCAAGGCACCGGGCACACCGAGCCCGAAUUACUUUGGCCUGACCAUCAAUGGCGACCACUUCUCCUCCAGCGCUGCACAGCACAUCCGCGGUAACUGGAGUCCGCCCACAUCGAACGUACGUUCGACUGCCGCCGCCUCGCCACAGAUGAUACCCGUCGAGCAGAAUCCCGAAUUCGAGCAGUUCAGGAAGGCAUCAGAGAACGCCAAAGGUUUCGCCCUGGGCAACUUCGACUUUGGCUCGUUCUCAGCUGCGGUACCCACCAAGGGUCCACUGACUGGGUCCUACAAGCCGCCCAUGUCUCCGCAGUCCAUGAAGGAGACUGCACGACCCACUGUAGAGAAGUACGAUGGCAGCAGCGACUCGUCGCCCAAGUCGCCCAAGCCACGCUCACCUAAACGCAUGCUCUCCACCGAAUCAUCAAUGUUCCCUGAUCGACCUCGGAGAAACUCGCCAGCAUCAUUCGAAGGCUUUGGACGUACAGAUGCAAUUGCCGAAUUCGAUGAGAUCCGUCCACCUCGACCCUCACUGCCACCCACAAGGUCAACACAUCACCAAUCGACGCGUGCAGAGACGUUACCCGCUAACAUCUACGACGAAAGCAACACCGAUGGACCAACUAUGGCAACUCCUCAGCACAUCCUUAACAUCCUCGAGUCAGCAGUCGAAGAGGUACUGCUACUCGACCUUCGAGUCUCUACACAAUAUGCCAAGUCUCGCAUAGCAGGCGCGCUAAGUCUCUGCAUUCCUACGACCCUCCUCAAGCGAGCAUCGUUCAAUGUCCACAAGUUGGCAGAGACUUUCAAGGAUGACGAGCAACGACAAAGGUUUGAAAAGUGGAAGAACAGCAAGCACAUAAUAGUAUACGACUCCAACUCUGCGCAGUUGAAGGACGCAGCGACCUGCGUCCACACACUCAAGAAGUUCACAAGCGAGGGAUGGAAUGGCGGCACUUUCAUCAUCCGUGGCGGGUUCCAGGAGUUUGCACAGAAAUUCCCCAACUGCAUCACACAUUCGAGCUCCCACAGUCCGACCUCGUCUGCAGGAUCGAAGGGUGCCCUCAAGCUCAACAUUGGUGGACCUGCAGUUGCACCCGUUAUCGGCGGGUGCCCAAUGCCUGCUACACAGAACGCCGCGAACCCCUUCUUCGGCAACAUUCGUCAAAACAUGGAUCUUAUCGGUGGUGUUGGCCAGAUGCCUGUCAAGAAGCCCGCUUCCAUGACCGAGUCUGCCAAAGAGGAAGUCCCACAGUGGCUACACAAAGCAGCAGACGACAAGGACGCAGGCAAGCGUGUCUCUGACAAGUUUCUGCACAUUGAGAAGAAGGAGCAGAAGCGCAUGCAGGAGGCACUCUCGGGCAAGGUUGUCUACGGCAUCCCGGGAGGACAGAAGGAUGUUGCGAAGAAUAUCCAAAUUGCCGGUAUCGAGAAGGGUUCUAAGAAUCGAUACAACAACAUCUGGCCGUACGAGCAUUCCCGAGUCAAGCUCGAGGGUUGCGAAGAUGGGUCUUGUGAUUACAUCAACGCCAACCACGUCCAAGCCGCCUACUCGAAUAAGCGUUACAUUGCGACGCAGGGUCCAAUCCCCGCUACUUUCAAGGACUUCUGGAAUGUCGUCUGGCAGCAGGAUGUCCGCGUCAUUGUCAUGCUUACUGCCGAGCAGGAAGGUGGACAAGUCAAAGCACACAACUACUGGUCUGACAAGCACUUCGGUAACUUGCACCUGAAGCAGCUUGGAGAGCACCGUGCUUCCCUUGAGCCGUCUAGGAUCCAGGGCCAUAAGGAACGCUCGCAAUCACACAGGCCUUCCAUCGGCCAAAGAAAACCGACAACCUCGCAGCCAAAGACCUCGUUCUUUCCUGACCCAAAUGAUAACGUCACCACCGCAUCUCCCACAUCCGAGAAGCCCUACGUCACCGUGCGCAAGUUCACCCUGUCCAACGACGAGGAACCCUUCGAACGUAUGCGCGAGAUCACACAGCUCCAGUACUCGAAUUGGCCCGACUUCGGUGCCCCAGCCCACCCAACCCACCUUCUCGGCCUCAUCGAGCAGACCGAUGCAGUCGUGCGAUCUGUAAACGGCGUCAGCUCCCCUAACAAGCCCGAGCCAGCGAACAGCCGUCCUGUCAUCGUCCACUGCUCUGCCGGUUGCGGUCGUACCGGUACCUUUUGCACAGUCGACUCCGUCCUCGACAUGCUCAAGCGCCAGAAGCAGGCCCGCCCUAGUAGGCAAAGCACGCCUAUGGAUGUUGAUGCUGGGUCGCCUAACCACUGCGAGAACGGCGAGUGGAUUGGCAAGGAAGAUUUGGAUCUUAUCGAGAAGACCGUCGAGGACUUCCGCCUUCAACGUCUGAGUAUGGUGCAGUCUUUGCGCCAGUUCGUACUUUGCUACGAGAGUGUUUUGGAGUGGCUGAAUGAGCAGCAUGUUCAGUCGAAGGCCGCCUAG